AUGUCUUCAGCUGUUGCAACCCGAAACGAUGAGUUGAGGCGACGUGCGGAGCUCGUCUGCGCUCAAAAUGAAGACGAGGCAAGCUGGAUCGAGAAGAAGCUGAAGCCCAGCAAGGUUGCCGCGAGGUAUCCUAUCACGGGAUCUCUGUUGCUGUACGCAACUUGUGGUUUCGGAAGUCUGGGCGAUGCUUUAUUUGGUUACAACUCUGGUAUCAUGUCUGGUUUGCUUGUGAAUCCAGUCUUCGUGAAGCGCUUCUUCGGUGAUUAUGGUGGUGCCAAUGGCAGCACAGCUGAAGUCAGUCCCUCCAUCACUGGUAUCUCCGUCGCCUGUCUCCAAGCCUCUGCUGCUGUGGGAUCCCUCAUUGCCGGCAGACUCGGCGAUAUGAUCGGCCGAAAGAGGACUGUCCGCCUGGGCGGUUUCAUCUACUUCUUCAGCGCCUUUAUCCAGAUCUUUGCCCCAGAUUUCGCCACUUUCGUUGCCGGCCGCACUAUCCAAGGUGUUGGUGUUGGGUUCCUCUCCAUGACCGUCCCUAUUAUUCAGACCGAGAUUGCAGCACCACAUGCAAGAGGUAUGAUGGUCGGUAUCGAGUAUACCUGCCUAAUUGCGGGAUACAUGCUGUCUUGCUGGGUUGACUACGGUUUUCAUUUCAUGCUCCCAGACGCCAUGUCGUGGCAGGGACCUUUCAUCAUUCAAAUCAUCCUCUCGGCUAUCCUGGUGCUCAUGUCUUUCUUCCUCCCCGAGACUCCUCGGUGGUUGGCCAAGAAUGGAUUCAUGCAGGAAAGUCUUCAAACAAUCGCAGAUUUGCAUUCCAACGGCGACACCGAGGCAAAGCAUGUCCAAGAUGUCUUCCUGGAAAUUCAAGAGGCAGUGGUUUAUGAGGCGGAACUCGGAAAGUCAAGCUGGACUGAAAUGUUCACUCGCUACAGGAAGCGUACCAUCGUCGGUGUCACUGUCCAGAUGUUUGCACAACUGAACGGAAUCAACAUCAUUUCCUUCUAUCUUCCUAGCACACUGGCCUCGGCCGGAUUUGACGACGAAAAGUCACUCUUAUAUACGGCAGCAAACGCGCUUCCUUAUACCGCUGCUACGAUCGUUACUUGGUGGCUAGCCGACCGAUGGGGACGCAAACCCCUCUUGAUCUCUGGAGGUAUUGCCAUGGCAGUAUUGCUCGGCAUCGUCUGUGCCUUUACCGAAGCAAGCCUGGACAUCACCAUCAAAGCCAACGGCCAGUAUGCCUUUGUCAUGCUUUACAACAUCGUAUACGGUUUCACUUGGGGUCCGAUGCCCUGGCUCCUUCCUGCCGAGAUCUUCCCGCUCCGAGCCCGCAGCAAAGGCAUGGCCCUCGCCACCACCUCCAACUGGGUCUUCAAUUUCAUCAUCGGCAUGGUGUCCCCAGACGCGUUCGCGGGUAUUCAUGGCUACUUUUACCUGGUGAUAGCGGGUUUCUGCCUCUUUUCGGCGGGCUUGGCGCAUUUCUAUUAUGUGGAAACGGCAAAUCACACGCUAGAGGAGAUCGCAAUUGCGUUUGGUGACCAGGCGUUUGCGGAUGGGAAUGAGGUAGUCUUGGAAACAACUAAGAAGGCGAAUAUGGCGACACAUGAUGAGGUCUGA